AACAAAGGAUGGCGUGUGUCCGUCCCAACAGUAAAGCAGGGGUACAUGUGUACGGUGAGAAUAUAUGUCUGAGCAUAACGUAUACCUGUCAAACGGUGUAACGAAGCGAAGAGUAAAGUGCUUUAAUGUAUAGGGGAUAACAGACGGUCUACCCAUUAACGAGUUUAUACAUUGUAAUUCAAUUCGUAGAGAAGUAACGGACAUUUAUCUCCAUCGCCUCAACAAGUCAUUCUGGUACCAAGAACAUGGGAUCAAGGGACGAGGGUUAUAAGAAACCUAAGACGUUAAAGCAAGUAUUUAGCCGGUUCGCUGAGAGUACGUCUAUUUCUGGACUGCCACAUUUACAGAAUGCCAAGAAGACUGUCGGCAAGGUGUUCUGGGGAGUUCUGGUCUUCGUAGGCUUUAUAGCCAUGUUUGUUCACCUCUACUUCCUAUUCGCCGAAUUCCUAUCAUGGCCAAAAAAGACGACGAUAUCAUUGGGGUUCAACAAUUUACGGCUGCCCGCAAUCACACUCUGCAACGUAAAUACUAUACGGAAAUCGCGGCUGGACUUGGCUGCCGACAAACUUCAGAAAUUUGCAGAUAAAAUCGACCCACACAAUUUGCUAGCUGACGUCACCUAUGACGACGUGGAAUACUAUGACUACGACUACGGGGUGUUCGGAUCGGGAGACGGAAACUACAUCUAUGAUUACGACGAAUACAAUGAUGAAUACGCAAAGGAAAGCGGAUUCCUGGAGAGGGAUAAAUUGUCAGAAAUAUUCACAAACUUUCGAGGUUUAUAUUUGAACGAAUCAAGGAGUACCCGUGUAGCCAUGGGACACGAUUUCAAUAAGACUCUCAUCAACUGUGCCUUUAACGGGUACAAGUGUUACGCCGAAAAUUUCACUUUGUACCAAACACCUAAAUAUGGAAAUUGUUACACUUUGGAUAUAGACGGUUUUGUAAUUAGAAGACCUGGACCUAGUGCGGGUAGGCAAUUAUAUAAUUAA